CACUGGAGUGGUCAUAGUGAGCUGGGGUCUAAUGUAUGUGCACGGUCCAAGUUCAUUCGUAAUACAUAUAUAUCAACAUUGGAAAAUAUAAAGAAGUUCCAGAUAUCACAGAAUGUACAGCCUAUUCCAACUUGUAUAUACUGGACCAUUUGUGCUGCUCUACUUAGAAAGAUACUGUCUCUCGGACACAGGUCUAAAUGUCCUGAGUAACAGUACAACUGAAGAGGAGAGACCUGGAGACAUCUCAUUCGAUCAGCACACUCUUGAUAUAAAAUCUGAUAUCUCGAGAAACCGUAUCAGACGCGAAGAUCGCAAUAUUAGUCAGAAUACGCUAGAAGGAGAGAAUUUAGGACAAUCGGAAUUCUUGAAUUGCACUCAAAGGCGAACGUGUUCUGGACAAUGCCACAAAAUGGUAUCCGAUGAUCACUACUGUCACUGUGACAGUUUAUGUCGCUUCUACGGCGACUGCUGUGUAGAUUACUACUCUAGCUGUUUAAAGCUAGAUAUGAAUGAAACUGACAAGAGUAUAGUACUGGCGAUUCUGUCCACACUUGAAAACUAUCAGCAAGUAAUAGAGUUUGGAGAAGUUGUCAAACUUACACAGAUGUCAUCAUGUUAUCAAAUUGUAGGUAAAAACUAUGGGAUUCAAUUAGUAGGAAAGUGUAGCACUGAUGUUGAAACACAAAGAAAAUUUGACACUCUCUGCCAAAGAUUGGAAAAAUCUAGUCAGAGCGACAACUUCGUGCCAGAGAUCAGGAAAGAAGAAAUCGUCAGCAAAUGCGAGCAUUCGAGAAAGUUACAAUCAGCCACUCCUGGUUUAGAGACAACACCCGCAACUUGGAACGCCACACACACUGUCCAGUUUUAUAACGUGUUUUGUGCACUCUGCAAUGGUAUCCAUCCAGAAAAUGUGACACUAUGGGAAAGCUCCAUCUCUAGCAAUGAAUUGAGAAAUAUGACCGAGUCCAGCUCAGAGUUUUCUCCUCACAAGUUUGCUCACCAGCCCUCAGCUGAACAAUGUAGAACUAUGUUCAGAACUUCAUCAAAACUCAGAAAAUGCUAUUCCAUUCACGACAAAGUCACUUUUGAUUUAACUGACUAUGCCACGUUCAAGAUGGUUGAACUGAACAACAAAGUGACAUCCGAUGUCAUUGAUAACCUAACUAACACUAAUGAAACUAAUAUUUAUAAUGAGCAAAACAACAAUUUAAAACAUAAAGUAUUCGGAAAAGUUUCUAAAGAACUUCAAGAUUCUACCAAGUUGCACGUAGAGACUUUCUCAAACGAAUGCGUGGACAAAGGAUUUGGUGAAAGUGAACCUAAGGAAGAAAUGGACGAAGUUUGCAGCUCCACUUUGAAAGCCCGACUAUGUGAACUGUACAGCUAUCCCUUUUUUUACUUCAAUAAACAGUACAAAAAUCCUCACUGUAUGCCUUGUCCUGAUAAUAUCACUUUUCAAAAUGAGACAUUUUAUUUCUGGCAAGCAUACAAAUGCCCCUAUUCUAUUUGCCAGUGUGAGACUAGGUUUAACACCAAUAUGGCGAAAUCCUUUUUGCCCAUGCCAAGUUUUCGCAUCCUGUUUGAUUUUCGCAGUCACUCAACGAAAGAUGAAAACAUUAACGUUCACUUCAAGACAUGUCCGACGAAUCAAACUUUUGUACCAGUCUUUCAGCAGUGCAGAGAUACUGUCUGUUUACCUGGCUGGCAUUUAGUAAAUCAAGCAUGUGUCUUAGAUGCCAGAGGGGGCCACGAGGAAAACUUUACCGACAUGCCUAUGUCUGUAAAAACUAUCAAGGAAAUUACAACUCUAACAGUGACUAUCAGAUUACGAUAUAUUUUGGGUAUCGAACAUAGAAGUGAGGAGACAAAUGCUGGGCGUUUUGUCAGAAGGUCAAUAAACGAAGCUGAUAUGAAUAAUGUAACACGGUCGAGUUUUCGUCCACUCAAGCAUCCUGUUAGCAAACAUCAAAGAACCAAUCUAUCUGAUUUAAUUGAGACGAAGACUCUAAGAUCUUUGUGGGCUCAAGUCUUAUACGAUCUUCAAAUCCUCAGUGCAGUGGAUGCCUUCAAGAAAUUGACCAUGGAGCUUCACGGUCAUAUGACCAAAGUAUUCAACCAGAGCAUACACGUCCAAUCUGAUCUUCCAAGUGAAACAGCAAGCGAUGUGAAACAGUUGUCCUUUCACCUAGACUUGAACAACACUGCUUCCACAGACAUGUUUUUAACAAGAAUGACCAAGCCAGACAUAAUGCUUAUUUUAAAAACCACAGCACACAUCAAUAAUUUUAUUCUUGAGCAAAUCUCUUUAACUUCUAGCCCUGCCAAUACACCUUUCAAACUAAAACCAUCAGAAUCUCUAUUCAGUAAGACACAAGGUGCACAACUAUGCAGCAACCACGAAAAGUUCGUUCUCCAGAAGGUCAAUGUUUCUAUGCAUGAAAACGGAAGCUACUACGUUAGAUUCCAAGGCCUCCCUAUACCACUAACAGAGAUUCUGUUUCGCAGCCAGUUCAAGUUGGAUCAAGUAGACGAAGGCAUCAGUUUGAGUAGUGCUGAGAUUGGCGUGUGUGAGCUUGAUGACAACUGUAGUUACCUUUAUUUCAAUAGAUCAGAGUUUAUUCUCUAUGAAAACAAUUUAGUGCUGACUAGUCACCAACAAAACUUAACGCACUUUCUAAAUCGUCUGAGCAGAGCAAAGGAAGCUGAAGUUUCCCUCUCAGAUUUACUGGACAUGCUUCGCAAGGACUUUGGACUGACACAGGUUUACACUUCUAGCUCUUACUUAUUACGGGAUGAUGGCGCCUACGUCUGCCAAGACUACAACAGUAGUUACACUUUUACAAAUGUAACCUUCACUAAGUCCUUUAGGUUUCUAGAAACGUCGUUCACAGAACAAAUAGCGACUACAAUUUCUUUAGCAUUAUCAAUUCUUUGCCUAAUCGUGGUUCUGCUAGUCUACUCUCUGGUACCAGAACUGAGAAACACUCCAGGUAAAAUAGUCAUGUCACUGUCCAGCGCCCUACUACUAGCCCAGACCUUAUUUCUUUUUAGCAUGCUUCCCAGUGGGUUAACGUGCCAGAUCUAUGCUGCUGUCCAACACGCCAUGUGGCUGUCCUCGUUUGCUUGGUUGGCCGUCAUGGCUUGUCAUUUGGCCUAUGUGCUCUACUUUCAGGCCCACGCAUCAUCAGGUACAACCUUCAAUAUAUUUACCUCUCUUUGCUGGCUUCUACCAUUAAUGCUGGCCUCUUGCUGCUUUGCCUUAGACAAGACCGGCAAAGUUAGCAUUGAAUACGGAUUGAACGGCAUUUGUUGGAUAGGCAAUGUCAAGGCCAUGAUCUACACUUUCGGAAUUCCUAUUUUUACGUUGCUUUCUUCGACCUUAAUCAGUGCUGUAUUUGUGUUGCGCGCCAUACGAAAAAGUUCCGAGUUCCGACACAGGAAUACGCAGAACCAUACAGGGGAGAGAAUGCAGCUUAUUCUCUGUGUCAAUCUUUCUCUCCUCAUGGGUUUCAACUGGGUAUUUUAUUUCCUAGCAUUCAUGACCGAUACGACUUCCAUGUGGACAGUAUUUAUAAUAACAAACGGGAGUCAAGGGUGCUUCAUCUUCUUAUGCUAUGUGGCCAGGAAGGCAGUUCUAUCCAAGCUUGCCAAACAGCUCAGCUUCUGUCACGGUUCAUUGAAAACAUCAAAAUACACUCAAAGCAGUCCCAAUGUGUCCCAGGUAGCUACUAAGUCAACAUUGGUCAGCCGUAGCCCAGCGCUGUCAGCCAAACACCUGCACAUGGUGGUCACUUCUCAUGCAAGUAACAGCCCAACCACAUCCUCAGCUCAUUUCGAUCAAAUAAUUACAAACUGACGAUGUAACUGCGUACUGACUAAUGCAUCAACCUUUUUUUUUACUACAAAAAAUACACUAGAGCAUUGUAUCGAAUACACAGGACGAAGAAAUGAUACAAGGUUGAAUUUAAAAUGACCUUUUUGAGAGUAGCAAAUACACAGUGACCAUUUUUCAUU